AAACAAUUUCUUCGGAAUGAGAGUGAAAAUAUGAAUGAAACACUCAAUUAAUAUCAAGUAUAGCGGUGAUUUUUUGAUUUCGAUAAGGUUUUUUUUAAGAUUUGCUUCCGAAAUUACAGUUUGAGUAAAGUUGCGAAUCAGAAGUACAAAUUAGUAACCAUAUAUACAGACCUGAUUGUUUUUAAUGGAAGAGUCAUCCGAUGGUCUUCAUCUCGACAGAGAUAUUCAAAGGAUCAUUGAGUUGAUCGAACAUGUACAAAAAACCGGUGAAUUGAAUAGUCCGAAGCUUACAUCACUGCAAAAUAUUUUGCAGUCUGAUUUCUUCUCAUCAGUUCGUGAAGUUUUUGAAACUGUUUACGACACCAUCAGUGCUGAUAAUUCUCGAGAGGUUAGAACAAGUGCCACAGCUAAAGCAACUGUGGCAGCAUUUGCAGCAGCGGAGGGACAUGCACAUCCGCGAAUUGUUGAACUUCCAAAAACAGACCAAGGUCUUGGAUUUAAUGUUAUGGGUGGGAAGGAGCAGAAUUCACCUAUUUAUAUAUCUCGCAUUAUACCCGGAGGUGUCGCUGAUAGGAAUGGACAAUUGAAACGUGGUGAUCAGUUGAUUGCGGUGAAUGGAAUUAAUGUUGAAUGGGAAAGUCAUGAAAAAGCAGUGGACCUGUUGAAGUCGGCACGAGGUACCGUGAAAUUGGUUGUACGAUAUACACCGCGAUUACUAGAUGAAAUGGAGCGACGCUUUGAACGACAGCGACGAAGAGCGAACCAGAACAGUCCUGCACCCAUUUUCAAACGAUGAACUGAGCUUAAAUGUUUUCAUUUUCCUUCACUUUCAGAAUUUUUUUCCACCUUAUCCGUUAUGAAAUAUUUAUGGCUCCUAGGAAAACUUUCUGUUUGGCUCAUUUUAUUAACAUUUUGCGGCUGAAUCAAACUAAUUUUGAUUGAUGAUUUGUUGGGUUUUACUUGUUUUAUGAACUGGUUUUAAACUGAUAAAUCUUGUUAAUUCAAACUGAUAAGUCUUGUUAUGUUAAUUCAUCGUACUUGUAGACGCACACUGUAUUUUGC